AAAAUAGUAGCCCGGUAAAUUACAUUAAAUGACACUGAAUUACCACUGGGAGGAAGGUGAUGACGGACUUUGGGUAGUUUACCGGUGCCGUGGCAUUGCAAAUGGUUAAAAAAUAAAGGGAGGAGCGACGGCAGAGAGGGAGCUUUUAUUGAAACUCUUAUGUGUCAUUUCGACGCACGACAGCACUAACUACACGUGAUGGAUAUGCCCACUUUCCCAAUGGAAAGGUAAAGGGACCGGAUUGCGGAGAAGUCCUGGGAGCAAACAGGACAUCUGAUCGCCACAUAUAUUCCAGUGCAGUCCAGAAGGUGGGGGUUUGAUUUAAUUAAGGAUUGAGCUAUUUGGACUUAAAACCAUCGGAUUCCAGUAUCCUACAGUGGAACAGAGGAUGUUCCUAUGUAACCCAACCUCUAUGUUCACCUGAAAACAUGUUCUGGGUGGACCUGAAACCCGAAAGCACCGGAGGAAUAUCAUAACUACGCACCGCACCCGGACGGUGUGGGGUACAGCUGAGAUCCCCUCUGACGAAUUUGCCCCUCCAGGAUAACUCCAAGACACUGAAGGCAGGGGGUGGGGGGGGGGGGCACCACUGUCGAGACUCCCAGCAUGAGGACGGCGGACUCCUGGGCAGGCGUGUGACCCCUGCAGGCCUGAGGAGGAAGUGCACCCCGCAGUCGGCAGCAUGGUGAUGUCACAGGGCACCUAUACCUUCCUGGCAUGCUUUGCCGGGUUCUGGCUGGUGUGGGCCUUCAUCGUGGUGCUCUGCUGCUUCUGCGGCGUCCUGCAGCGGCGACUGAAGCGGCGCCGUGAGGAGCGACAGCGGGAGCGCUGCCUGCGCACGCUGGAGAUGGAGCCCCUGGAGUGCCGUGCGGAGCCCCCCCAGUUUGGCCCACCCCAGAUCCUGCCGGUGCCUGUGCCGGUCCCCCACUCCAUGGUGCCUAGCACCUGGUCCAGCCCUCAAGAAGCAGAUGUUUUUGGGAAGCCGCCGUGUUACGAGGAGGCCGUGCAGAUGGAGGACCCCCCUCCCCCAUACAGCGAGGUCCUGGCCGACAGCCGGGGAGGGACGUACACCAAACCGCCGUCCGGGACGUCCCGGAAGCCCCAGGACUCGGAGACGAGCAAGGCGGCGCCGGACGUGGCAUUCCCGGAGCGCGGCUACUCCACCCUCAUCCACCUGCCGGCUCAUGUGCACGAGCGCUGGGACUCCCUGGGCCGCAUGCUGUCCACCAUGGACCUGAACUGCAGUAACCAGGCCUCUGAGGCCCAAGCCUCGGCCUACACCACCCUACCCCGGGGAGGGCGGACCAACGUGGAGCUGGGGCUUCACCGACCCCGGCUGGACGACACCUGUGCCCUGCCCACCGCCUUCCCCGUGUUCGGCAGGAGCACUGCCGUUUAAGUCAACUCCCCUCCCUUCAAGACUGCCGCUCGCUGUUUAUUUUCAGCUCCGGCCUCCUGAAAGGUGUGAGCACAUCUCAGCGUUCUCCUGGAAACGCUGCCUCAACAUGGCGAGAAAGGGGCGGGGAGGGAGCCGCCGGAAGCGGGACUCAUCGCCGGUGCGUCGUCCCGACGACGAGCAUCCUUUACGGCCUGCUCCCGUUGCCAUGGCGCCAAACGCACUUAGUGUAACGACUAACUAUUCGAAAACUGGCACCUGGAAGCGCUGACCUCAUAGGGCCUGCAGGUUUGCUGCAAGUUUUUGCCGUGAAUAUCAAUGGCUCACUGGUUUUUCUGGGCUGUUUAAUAUCUUCAAGGGCCUGAUUUGUUUAUUUUUCCUGUUUUUAUUUUCCCCAGAGGACAUCUGACUCGAGUGACUGUGGAGUGUCAGUCAGCAUAUUGCUCGCUGUGAGAACUGAAGGCCACGCUUCUCCACAGCCACAUUCCUUCCAGUAAUCAAGCUGAUCUUUAUUUAUUUAUUCAUUUUUAGAAAAAGAAGUAGCUGACAGUGAGUGCUUUUUACAUUCUUUUUUUUCCAUCCAUGUCUAUAAUACCUCUGAAGAUUUUGUCUGGUGACUGCAUGGAUUAUAAUUAAUGAAGUUAACCCAUGCCAAGUUUCUUCUUGUUGCUCAACAAAUGACCGUCGAGGGUGACUUUUAUUUUGUCCUAAAAAAGAUCCAUAGCGGGGAACUCACUAUAUUUAACCUGCUUCUAAUAUUGCUGUUCAGGAAACAGAUUUACCUUUACUUUUUGUAUGUGUGGUGGAGAUCUCAGCCUUACAUUGCCAUGGGAUUCGAAGGACCAGUUGACCUGUUUGGGAAUUAUACGGGAUUUUGCCAGUCCUACCUGGUGUGGGUUUUCACAUUGAAGGAGAGGGUGUAGAUGGGAUCCCUCACUCUUGUUGGAAUAGAUCCACUCACACUGCUGACUCAUUUCCUAGGAUCUAGUCCCCCCAAUGUACUGAAUGAAGACUGAUUUAGAACCUGUAAAGUGUGUCUUUCAGUAGUGAUUUUUCCAAAUGAUUUCUGUGUGUCAUUUUAUUUUCGUAUUCAUUCCCGUGUUAAGAACGAAGAGCCUCAACUAUAUUCCAGAAAUCCACUGUGGUCAUCUAAAGCAACAUUUUUACCAAAAUGGGCAAUUAUGAGUGAAUUAUAUUAACGUAUUUUUUUAAAGAGCGACUAUCACGCGGCUUUAAGUGCUCUGACAGCUUCCCACUAUCAGAUUUUUGUAUUGCACUCAUCUGUGGUUCUGCAUGUGCAAUGUGAAAUAGACUAUUUAUUCUAUUGGUUUUUUUGUUUUUUAAUGAAUGGUUUUAGCCAGUGAGUGCGUGGCAAGCUUCGCCUCGCUUAAUGCAGCGCCGUGUGCUGGUUUAGAGAAGUUUUCAAAUCGGUGAAUUUAUUUGUUUUACCUCGAUAUUAUUUGUUUUACCAGUUCGCGUGCCACAGCUUUAUAUGAAGACAAUCGCUUUUAGCCCGUUUGCUGUUUCGUUAUACAGCGUUUAUCUUCUUUUUUUACGCAUAUAUUUUUAUAUAAAUGGCUGCAGCAUUUGAUUUUGCUUGGGGACGCAUCACAUCUCCCCCUUCGAUUUCAGCGCAGCGGAAGUGCUUCUCGCGCCAUAAAGGACGGACUCUAUCGGCGUCCCGCUCGCGGUCUAUCUCGUCACAGAUGUUGCCUGGCAACAUAGCGGCAGUGCGACCCGCCGGCUUCGAUGGGAGCCGUGAAGACGCUCUUUCGGCGAAGAUGUGUAGGGUGGGAGAGUCACGGGCGGGUUUUACCGUGCCAAAAUGUUUACUAGGAACACUGGUACUGCUUUUCCAUUUGGAUUUUCUCAAACGUAGAGUCAGAUGCAAGAUAAAUGCAUUUUUAUAUUUGUAUAUAAGCAGCGAAUUUUAAACUGUGUUCAGACGUAACAGGUGACCUAGAAGGGCAAAGUGACGUCAUAGCCGAAACGGCAUGACUUUUACUGUCUCAUAAUCCAUCACCGCGUCGAAUCACACGAACCGUGAAGCCGAUGCUGUUUUACAGGUGCUCUGUGCGUGAUCUGUGACACAUCGUGUGGUCAGCUGUAGGUUCCAUAGCCAUGAAUAACGUACUAUGUUGACAAGAAACCUCCUUGGGCCAGGCCUGUAAAGUGCAUACUCUGUGCCAGAGUCUCUCAUAAUAAAAGACUAUAUAAAUAAA